UUAGCUCCAUUUUACCACAAUACGGUACAUGGUUAUUUCAAUUAUAAAAUGUCAAAUCCACGUCAGCAGUACGGGAAAUAGCCAUACAGCUGCUGCAUGAAAGAAAGAAACCAUCUGAAUUUUGAUCACAACCCUUGAACUUAAAAACCCCCAAAUCACAAUCCUCUGUUCACGUUCACUUCCGCCAUUGCAGACAAACCCUAGCGAUUCCAACUUAGGGUUUUUGUUUGUUUCUCAGUCUUACUUCAAGGAGGAUACGUGUGUACGAUGAGUCAGCGAGUUAGAUAUGAAAAUAAAGUUGAUCCUGAGUUUGAAGAAAACGUGAGACAUAAGUAUUAUGAGAAACUAAAAGACGGGUGUCUAAAAGUUAGGUUUUCCGAUAAGUUUUUAAAAUGUCCCUUUUGUCAUGAAAGUAAAGACUACAGUUACAAUGACCUCCUCAGGCAUGCGGAUCGGAUUGCGAGUAAAUCAAAAACUACUAGUUAUAAAGAAAAAGCUAAACAUACGGGAUUGAUUGAGUACUUAGAGAGGGACUUUCAUGCUAAAAUCAAGUGCUUUGAUUCCACAAGUGUAAAUCUAACUCCAAACCGAAAUGCUAAUGAAGAGCUAAUUGUUUGGCCUUGGAUGGCUGUGGUUUCUAACAUUCCUGUUGAAUAUAAGAACGAUUGUGGUAAAAAACUAACAGCCGAUUGGAUUACAGAAGGUUACAGCCCAGUCGAAGAUCAUCUUCUCUUGAAAUGGCACGGUUUCUCAGGGCUUGCUGUUGUUGAAUUUGGGAAAACCUGGGAUGGAUUUUACCAUGUCAUGAAGUUUAUUAAGGCGUUUGAGGUGAACAAGCAUGGUAGGAAAGACUGGUUUGAUAGGGAAAAGUGCAAAGAUGAUAAGUUGUAUGCGUGGAUUGCAACCGCUGAAGAUUAUAACCGUGAUGGUGUUAUUGGUGAUUAUCUUAGAAAAAAUGGUGAUUUGAAGACUGUCGCAGAUGUUCAAAAAGAAGAUGAAUCAGUGAUUUGUGGGUUGAAAGCUAUGAUACACGAAAGGGACAAAAGGACCGAAGAAAUGAAUGAUAAAAUAAGCAAAAUAGAUGUUCAACUGGAAACGGCUAUGAAACAGAAAGAGGUGAUGACCGAGAACUUUAAUAGAGAUAAGGAAAUAAUGCAAAAGGCGACGGAGGAGCUGCUUAAAAUGAUUACUGAUGAGCAUGAAAGGACCAAACGGCGGUUGGAAGAACGUGAAAAGGGAUUAAAAGCACGUGAAGCUAUAAAUGAAAUUGAGCAACGGAAGCUUGAUGAUGAGAAGAGAAUGAUUGAAUUGGAAGUUUUGGAACAGAAUAAGACAAAUGAAAGAGGGUUGAAGCUAGCAGUGGAUCUAAAGAGAGAAAAAGAAAAAAUUCACCAGAAAAUUAUUGAGCUUCAAAAGAAGCUUGACGAAAAGCAAUGUUUGGAGCUAAGGAUCAAGCAAAUGAAGGAAGCCUUAGAAGUGAUUAAACACAUGACUGAUGAACAUCAUAAAGCAAAGAACAAAUUGGAAUCAAUUCAAAAUGAUCUUAGAGUAAAAGAAGAGGAACUUGAGGAUUUGGAAUUUCUUAAUCAAUCGCUAAAAGUUAAAGAACGUAUAAGCAAUGAUGAAUUGGUGGAAAGUCGUAAAGAGCUAAUUUAUGGUCUGAGUGGAAAUACUAGUCAUGCUCGUGUUUUUGUGAAGAGAAUGGGAGAGCUUGAUGAAAAGCCUUUUAUUGCUGCUGCUAAGAGACAUUGUUCUAACAAAAGGGAGGGGUUAAAGUAUGGCGAAAGAGUGGCAUCUGUGUGGGAGAAUCAUCUCCGGGACACUAGCUGGCAUCCCUUUAAAGUCAUAACCGUUGAAGGGAUUAGAAAGGAGAUUCUGGAUGAAGAAGAUGAGAAGAUUGUAAGCUUGAAAAAUGAAUAUGACAAAGACGUAUAUGAUGCUGUCGUGACAGCUCUAAAUGAAUUAAACGAGUACAACCCGAUUGGCAGAUAUCCAGUGGCAGUACUUUGGAACAAGAAGUUGGAAAGACCGGCAACCUUGAAAGAAGGUGUUGAAGCUGUUCUCAAUCAAUGGAAAAUCUAUAAACACAAGAGGUUAAACUAGAUAUAACUUUGGUGGGUAGUUUAAACUUGAAAUUGUAGUAUUAACAAACACUUCAUCUGCAAGUGUUGUUUUAAGGCAUAACUCUGGUUUUUGUACUUUUGGAAUGUAGUUUUCAUCAUUUGGUGAAUCUAAAAUAUAUGUGCAAUGGUAGUUCUAAA